CGCCAGUCGGCAACAACAGCGGAAGGAAGGAAAGAGCCGUGUCCGCGUGCGUUAGUUUAACACUAAUUACUGCUAUAAAAGACAUUUCCAUGGUGAUGAUCAUAAAACGACCUUUUUUCAAGUGUUAUUGGGGAUUUUAACCUGAAGCUUGCAUCAUCCUCCCACAUUGUUCUCAUGCUACACUGCCCCGUUAAGAUGCUGUUUUUGGUUUAGCAUCAUGCUGUUAAAAGUAGAGGCCAAUGGGAGACCUGUGCCCUCCUUCAAACAAAAAGAUUUUCCAGAAAACAAGAAAAGGUGAAAUCCCAGCUGGUGUCGCUUCUGCUGUAGAAUGUACAAGGAGUACAGAAGCAGUCGAAUCACAGGACUCAACGCUCUUCCCUUUGAUCCGGCGUCCAACAACGACCCUCUUCAGUUCAACGGUUCCAGCGGGCCUCUGGUGACUGAAUGUGCUGCCCUGGAAAACACUGCUGAAAACAGUAAGAAAAGGAAGAGAACAACCCUCCCUCAAGAAGGCGUCUGUAACAUGACCAUGGAUUCCAGCUCAUUGACCAUGCCUAUGUCAGAUCCCAAUGCCUGGGCGACAGCCAUGAACAACUUGGGAAUGCCUCCAAUGGGACUGACUGGACAGCCACUUAUGCCAGAUUUUGACCCUAAUCUUGGCAUGAUGGCUGGAAUCACACCUAUGAACCCCAUGAUGCCCGGCCUCGGUAUGGUCCCCGCGCCCGUCUCGCAGGACGUUCCUAUGGUUAAGGAGAUCAUUCACUGCAAGACUUGCACUCUGUUUCCUCCUAACCCCAACCUUCCCCCUCCUGCCACGAGAGAACGUCCUCCAGGAUGUAAAACGGUCUUCGUUGGGGGUCUCCCAGAGAACGCCAACGAGCAGCUUAUCGUGGAGAUCUUUGGGCAGUGCGGCGAUAUCACUGCUAUACGCAAAAGCAAGAAGAACUUCUGUCACAUCAGGUUUGCAGAGGAGGCCACCGUGGAUAAGGCUCUCUUCCUCUCUGGGUACCGGAUCCGUUUGGGCUCCAGCACAGACAAAAAAGACUCGGGUCGACUUCAUGUGGACUUUGCCCAGGCCAGGGACGACCUAUACGAGUGGGAGUGUCGUCAGCGCAUGUUGGCUAGAGAGGAGCGCCACCGCCGCAAGAUGGAGGAGGACCGGCUCCGCCCGCCGUCCCCUCCACCAAUCGUCCACUAUUCUGAGCACGAGUGCAGCCAGCUUGGAGACAAGAUCAAAGACGAUAGCAAGUUUGCAGAAGCGGUGCGUGUUCUCCUGACCUGGCUGGAACGAGGCGAGGUCAACCGCAGGAAUGCCAACAACUUCUACUCCAUGAUCCAGUCCUCCAACAGCCACAUCCGGCGACUGAUGAGCGAGAAGAGUCAGCAUGAGAAGGAGAUGGAAGAGGCAAAGGAGAAGUUUAAGACCGCUCUGGCUGGCAUACUGGCACAAUUUGAACAGAUUGUGUCUGUAUUCCAAGCUUCUUCCAAACAAAAGGCAUGGGACCAUUUCUCCAAAGCUCAGCGCAAGAACCUGGACAUGUGGCGCAAGCAAGCAGAGGAGAUUAGAAACAUGCACAACGAGCAGCUGAUGGGCAUCAGACGAGAGGAAGAGAUGGAAAUGUCUGAUGAUGACAUGGAGGACCCUCCUGACAGCAAGGACUCUGAGGACUCAGGUGUUUCUCAAGCAGAAGCCUUAAAGGAGGAGAACGACUCGCUGCGCUGCCAGCUGGACGCCUACAGAAACGAAGUAGAGCUGCUCAAGCAGGAGCAAGGCAAGAACCAGCCAAUCAGGAGCGAGGAGGACAGCACUCACUCGCAGCAGCUCAGCUUCCUGCAGCAGGCUCUGCAAGGCAUGCAGAAGCAACUGCUAAAAAUGAGGGAAGAGUUGAAGCAGCGGGAGGCCGAGCUGCAAAAGAGCUCAGAGGACAAACAGCAGCUGAAAACACAAGUCCAGAACCUGAAGGAGGGUCUGCAGAAACUGCAAAGCGCCCAAGCAACGCAGCUGGAGAUGCUGAAGCAGGAUGAUCGAGGCGGCGAGGAGAGCGUCAAUCAAAGCAGCGAGGUCACAGUGGUGUCCUGCAGUCAGGAGAAGGAAGGUCCCACGGAGAAAACCCCACAGAGUCCCGUCCACUCAGAGAGGGAAGCUCUUCUAGUUGGGAUCAUUUCAACGUUCCUGCAUGUGCAUCCGUUCGGAGCCAGCAUCGAGUACAUCUGCUCCUACCUGCAGCGCCUGGACACCAAGAUAAACCCCAGCGAGGUGGAGGCUCUUCUUUCUCGGCUGCCCUGCACCUUCAGACAGGAGCUGACUGGAGUGGGAGCCAGUUUGGAGAAACGCUGGAACUUCUGUGGCUUCCAGGGCAUCAAGAGCGCAUAGGCAGCGCUGGCUGACACCUCUGGGAUGUGGAAGGGGGACGCCAGGCAGACGCGGCAGCGCAGACACUGUAGCAGCAGGAAAAAGGCACAGCAUCGAACCCUCAGCUAUCACAGACUCAGCUGACUGUAGAAGGACACACAGGAGGGAUUUCAGAUCAAGAAAAAAUGUUUGAAAAAAAACAUUUCAGGGACUCUGCGUAGGUGGAAGAGGCUUAAAAACUCUGUGUUGUCAUGGUUACAGGGAUGUUUGGAGUCCUCAGGAGCUUGAACUGAGUUCCUCUGUGUCUGCAGACGGUUUUUUGGCUCCCCAGGAGCUGCAGGAGAGCACCGGUUUCUACCGUCACUGGAUUAAUUACCUAGUUUUGCUCACAGCUGGAAGACAUGCACUCCGUGAGCGUGCACAUAGCUCUGUGUGGCGUGGGACAGGUCUACAGGGCUAACUGGUGAGGGCGGGGGGGGUGAUCAGGGUUGGCCUGAGCAUGCCCUUUGACCUCCCUCUCUUUUUGCCAUUUGUAACAUAAUUCAAAAAUGGAUAUAUUUCUUCAUUUUCUGUAAAGGCCAUCAACAACUGAUUUACUUCUUGUAUUACACUGUAAAUGCCCGGAGGAUAUUUUUGAUUAUAAAAGACUUUUGAGUAUAGAAAAAAAAAAA